AUGAACUCGGACGGCAAGGAUACGGCUGUGCUCGCCACUGAUACUGCAGCUGUCACAGACGACAAUGGCGGCCCUCAGGUUGACUUUCCAAACGAGGAAGCCCAACGCGGUGUUCAAGCUGUUGAGGCAGUGACACUCACAUGGUCGAAAACGACACUCAUUGCCAUCUUUUUAAACAUUUGGUUGCUCUAUUUCGUCAAUGCCUUCCAAUCUACAAUCCUGUCGAAUUUGCUUCCCUACGCCACAAGCGCCUUCGAAUCCCAUUCGCUUUUGAACGUCAUAUAUGUCGUGGCCGGCUCAAUGUCUGCGGCGACCUACAUGCCUCUGUCCAAGAUCAUGGAUGUCUGGGGCAGAGCUGAAGGGUUCCUCAUCAUGACUGUCUUUUCUACUCUGGGCCUCAUUCUAAUGGCCGCAAGCAAUGGCAUUGCUACUUUUUGUGCCGCAUAUGUAUUUUACAGCAUUGGCUUCGGAGGCAUGACUUACGCCGUCGACGUCAUUACAGCUGACGCAUCGCAAUUGAAGAACCGAGGCUUGGCGUAUGCUUUCACAUCCUCUCCAUACAUCAUUACGGCGUUCGCAGGAGCCAAAGCCUCUGAGGGUUUCUAUAACGACAUCAGCUGGCGAUGGGGAUUUGGUGUUUUUGCCAUUAUCUUUCCAAUUGUGGCUGCUCCUCUGUACUUCAUCCUAAAAGUAAAUCUCCGUAAGGCAGAGAGACAAGGCCUCCUGAGCAAGCAGCCAAGCAACAGGACGAUUUUGCAAAGCAUCUGGUAUUACUGUGUCGAAUUUGAUGCUAUGGGAGUCUUUCUUUUCUCCGUCGGUCUCACCGUCUUUCUCAUGCCUUUCAACAUUGCAGACUCUGCGCCAAACGGCUGGGCAUCAGGAUACAUCAUCGCCAUGAUCGUAGUCGGCUUCGUCAUGCUGAUUGUCUUCACCCUAUACGAGGCUUUCCUUGCACCUACGCCUUUGCUGACCUGGAAUCUCCUGAUCGACCGAACCGUCAUUGGCGCAUGCCUCCUCGAUGCUACAUAUCAAAUCUCAUAUUACUGCUGGGCCAACUACUUCACGUCCUUCUUGCAGGUCGUCAAUGACCUGAGUCUAGCAGAAGCCGGAUACGUCAACAACACCUUCAAUGUGGUGUCGGGAGUCCUCUUGUUGAUUGUCGGCUUUCUGAUCCGCCGUACCGGUCGUUUCAAGUGGCUGCUUUACAUCGCAGUCCCGCUAUACAUCUUUGCGCAGGGCCUGAUGAUCUAUUUCCGCAAGCCCGAUCAAAGCGUCGGCUACCUUGUCAUGUGCCAGGUUUUCAUUUCCAUCGGAGGCAGCAUCUUCAUCAUUAUUGAGCAGCUCGCUAUCUUGGCGGCUGUCGAUCACCAGCACAUUGCUGCAGCCCUCGCAUUACUGAAUGUCGUUGGAACUGUGGGAGAUGCCCUCGGAGCCACCAUCAGCGGCGCAAUCUGGACGAACACGUUCCAAAAGGCACUGGAAAGAUACCUGCCAGAAUCUGCUCUUCCAGAUCUGGACGUCAUCUACGAGGAUCUGGAUACGCAGCUUAGUUAUCCUGUUGGAAGUGCCGUGAGGCUGGCGAUUCAGAAAGCGUACGGCUACUCACAAACCCGAAUGCUGGCGGCUGGCACUGGCGUCAUGGGCCUUGCGAUAAUCUGGAUGCUCAUGAUCAGAAACAUCAAUCUGACAAAGGUUGCACAAGUCAAGGGUAUGGUCUUCUAG